UCACUUCUUGUUCCUUAAUGUUCCAUAGGAGUCAAUUAAUAUUCUAUUUCUUUAAAGGGAAACAUUUAUUUCAAGUUACAACCUUUUUCAAUAUCUUAUCUUUCUUUAAUUCCAGAGCACAACAAGAUCUUUUGAUGCUUUUGUUCUGACAAUAUUAUAUAGAGUGGAUAUGAAAAAGAAACUUUCAUUUUUUUUCAACUAGACUCUAUUGCAUUCGGAUGCUCCCACCUUUUUCUAUACAAUCAGAAGAGACCAGAGCAAUGGCAAAGCAUUGUACAGUUGGCAUUGAACUGAGAGUUUCUGCUGAACGGAUAAUACUUCUUGAUACCCAGUCUGUUUUCAGUCCUUCUGUUUUAGCUGAGAUGAUGCGGCCUGAUGGCUCAUCCACAGUUUCGAUUCUAAGUGGUGAACCCCUGUCUGCUGAGAUGGCUCAUGAAAUUAUGAAUAUUCAGGAAUCCUUUUAGCUUGGUGUUCUUCUGUCAUCUAUUUGUCACAUUUUGCUGGUGGUGUCUGAAGGAGUUCAUGAUAAUAACAUGUGGAAUUUGAUGUUGACGGUUGACUUAUUGAAGCAUGGCAUACCCGAUCCAUCUUCAAUAGCCCCUCCCCAUACUUCAUGGACAGAAAAAGAAGCUAAAGAUAAAGUUCAUGAAGGUGAGGAAUAUAUGGCUACACCAGUCUUUGUGCAUACCAAAAUGCAAGAUCGGGAUCUUACUCCACAUAAUAUUUUGAAAUUGAAGAAGGCACUUGUACAACACUUCAGCUCCUCCUCAUUCGUAAAGGGGAAAUAUGGAAAGGCAGCCACAAAAUGUGGUCCUAUGACUCAGACUGAUGCUACAGAUGCAACUCUUAUGAAUCUAUUUGUAAUUCCAUCCAAGAUAAAAGAUGAGCCUCCAAGAGACCAGUGUGAAAGCUAUGUCACCGCACUUUGGAAACUACGGGAUCAGGUUUUAUCCAUGAACUGCCCUUCGUUUGGAAGGAAUGUGUCUGAGCGUGACUGGUUAAAAAAUUCUGCAAAGAUAUGGGAACUAGUCAAGAGCUCCCCAAUAAUUGCAGAAUACGGUAGAACCCUGCUGAGUUCUGGUCUAUUUAGGAGGUAAUAAGCAUCAACAUCUCUAUUUGUGGUGGCCGGCAGAGAGAAACGAGAAUGGGAUCAGAUGGAACAUGGUAUUCUUGACUGAGGGUAGCUUGUUUUCAUUGCUAUUUUUGGGUAACAUCUUGCAUAGAUGCCAUACUUCGGCUCUUCUAAGCUUCGGCUUUUGGAUAUUUAGGCCAUGAUUUAUGGUUCAAUUUGGUUCCUCACCUAAUCUCCUCUUGAAUGAUGGUGAGGGUGUUUGGGCAAGCUUAAACAUGUGUAGUUUCUCAUUGAAAUGGAACGCUCCUUCAGACGCUCGGGCUAAGGGGCUCAGGCCUCAAACAAUUCCAACAAACCACGCCAACCCAC